GAGAGAGAGAGAGAGUCAGUGUGUGAGUGACACUGAGACAGAGAGGUUUCAUUGCAGCGGCUGCAGAAGAGUGAGAGUGUGUGUAUGUGUGUGUUUGUGUCUGAGGAGCGAGAGCGCAUGGAGUGUGUAUGUUUCCCUGAGUGAAUUGUGUGUGUGUGUGUGUGUGUGUGUGUGUGUGUGUGUGUGUGUGUGUGUGUGAGGGGAGGAUUAGUUAACUUUGAGACUGGAAUACUAAGUGGAUAUGUGAAGAGACACACACACUACCAUGCCAACCGAAUACCCGUUCUCCCCUGAUGUCUUGCCUCCGCUGCCGGAGGUCCCUGACGUUGAGGGGACGGUCCUAAGCCCCAUCCGAAAAUCCUCCUUGAGAUACAGCUCCGCCCACAGCAUGGACUCCUCCCACUGCAGCGACCGCCCAGUCAGUUAUGGCUCCACCUCCUCUUCCGCCUCUUCGCGGGACAGCCACUGCUCUCUCGGGGGGCGGGCUAUGUUGGGUUCCACCCCUGAGCGGGACCGGGACUCCGGCGCAAUCAGACUGGAGCUUGUUCCCGCACGUCAGCUGGAGGAGGCGGAGUCAGAGAGAGAGACGCCCACACCGAGCAGUCAGGAGGAAGCGGACGGCGGACGCAAAGUGGCGUAUGUGGACAGGGUGGUGCAGGAGAUCCUGGAGACAGAGAGGACUUAUGUACAGGACCUGAGGAGCAUCGUUCAGGAUUAUUUGGAGUGCAUCAGUAAUCAGGCUCGGCCGCUGCUGGGGGUCGAAGAUAGAAAUUCACUUUUUGGAAACAUCCGUGAAAUCUACGGCUUUAACAGGGAUCUCCUACACGACCUGGAGAAGUGUAAUGCGAACCCAGUCGCCAUCGCUGAGUGUUUUGUAGCCAAGAGUGAGGAGUUUCAUAUUUAUACACAGUACUGCACUAAUUAUCCAAGGUCAGUAGCUGUCCUCAGUGAGUGUAUGCGGAACAAGGCCGUGGCGAAGUUUCUGCGUGAGCGUCAGGAGAGUCUGAAACACUCCCUGCCCCUCGGCUCCUAUCUGCUCAAACCCGUCCAGAGGAUCCUCAAAUACCAUCUACUGCUUCAUGAGAUCGCCACUCACCUGGAGAAAGACUCAGAGAUGCAUGAGGUGGUUCAGGAGGCCAUCGACACCAUGCAGAGAGUGGCCUGGCACAUCAACGACAUGAAGAGAAAACACGAGAACACCAUCAGACUGCAGGAGAUCCAGAGUUUGUUGACUAACUGGCAGGGGCCUGAUCUGAUUGGCUAUGGUGAGCUGGUCCUAGAGGGAACGUUCCGUGUUCAGAGAGUGAAGAAUGAGAGAACGCUGUUCCUCUUUGAUAAGCUGCUUCUCAUCACCAAGAAACGAGAGGAAACCUACACAUACAAGGCUCACAUACUGUGCUGUAAUCUGAUGCUGGUGGAGGUCAUUCCUAAGGAGCCCCUGAGCUUCAGUGUGUUCCACUACAAGAACCCCAAACUGCAACACACAGUGCAGGCUAAGUCCCAGCAAGACAAGCGAACAUGGAUCCAGCACCUGAAGAGGCUCAUCCUGGAGAACCAUCCAGCUAAAAUCCCGGCCAAGGCCAAGCAAGCCAUUUUGGCGAUGGAUGUUCACCAUCCAAGCUUGCAGUGUAGUCCUGAGGGCCAAAACAGAAUCAACCUGAAGGAGGGACCGUCUCCUAGGAGAACACGGAGGAAGAACGAACCCUUAUCCAAACUGCUCAAAAACAAACAUGCAAUAUCCAGUCCAGACAUCCAGAAGCGGAGCAGUUUUGGAGCAACCCUGCUGUCUCCUGUGGUCCAUCUCGGCACCAUUGGUCGGUCCCGCAGCCUUGUCAGCCAGUCACAGGAGUCACUAGACCCCGGGGAUCAUGGAGACCACAGCGAUGUGGACGAGGGGCUGCAUCCUCAGGAUGCUGAUGAUGAGGAUGACAGUGGCCUGGGCUCUGGGGGGAAGCUUCGUGUGCCUGGUAAGACCAGCCGGAAAAGGCUUAGUCAACAGGUGUCAGUGGACAGCAUUGACCGAUGGAAGAACCACAACCUUGAGCAUGCUGAUCUACAGACAGCCAAAGAGUCUCUGCAGAUGGAGACGGUCCACACACCCAUUCUACAGGUGACAAGCCCAGCUGAAUCUCAGCCCGACAUUUCCCAGUUCUUGGGCACCAGUGGUGGGCAUUCUGUCCCAAACAUAUGGGCAGACCACAGAGUACGCCGAGCCAUGUUCCCCACUCGCCAGAAGACCGUUCAGAUCGACGACGAGGAAGACAUCUAUCAGAUGUUUGUGCCCACUGAGAAUGAUACAAGUGGACAGGAUGCGGAAAGUGAUCAUGACGCGGUUGACGAUGCUCCUGGACGACCUUGCAGCUGGCAUGUUGAGCAGACGCAGACAAUGCAGCUAAACCUUCCAACCAGUGGCAGUAGAGUGCUACGCAGGGCCAGUAGUGUUGGAGAGACGCAAAGUGAGCGGCAAAACCCUGCAAAGAGGCCUCUUCACGAAGAGCAAGAACACACGAACACUGAGUCGUCAAGUAAUGAGAUAUCUGGCUCUUCCUCGGCUGAACAGCUAACGAUUGACGACAUUGAGAAUGUUUACGAUAAUAUUAGUUACGAGGAAUUGCAGGCCAUGGGGUUGAUUCGGAAGGAUCAGGAGGUUACCCGUGCUUCUACCACUGUGCAAGAGACCAAACCAAUUGUACCGCCUCAAAUUUUAGUUUCUCCAGUUGAGUCAGAGAGCUCCUCUGAAAGCAACAGGAACUCUGGCCAAGAAGGAACACCAUUUGGAACUGGUAAUGUGCAGUCAGUGCCAGGAGAGGAGAACAUCUAUGAUACCAUUGUGUUCCGGGAAUUGCCAGCCACGUCCAGUGAGACAGAAAGACAAAGUAAACAACAGGCCAAACCAGGUCAUCUGCAGUCUGUUGAGAAAGACUUCACGGCUAGCCAGAACUCAAACACCCAUGUUUCUGAAGAGAGCAAAAAUCUGGAUAACAGCAAAGUGGCAAAUAGACCCCUUCCUAAGAUUCCAACUGUAUCAAUUACUGAGAUAGACAGUGAACCUAUAACCUCAGAUUCACCAUCACAGCAGUCCACAGCCGAUCGAAUGUCCGAGCAAGUGGACGAGAUCUGGAAUGAUCUGGAAAACUACAUUCGAAAUAAUGAAAAGAAACCAGACAAGCUUCCUGCCGCAUUUCCUGUUAGUGGACCAGAGUCACCACGCAAGAGAAGCAGUUCCCAGUAUAAAACACAAAACUCUCCAGUCAAAUCUCAAAAGCAGCCAAAAUCCCCAAACAAAGUAUCUAAACCUCCACCGAAAGCACAGGAAAACAAGUCAAAAACACAAGACUCCCCAUCCAAGUCACAUCAAUCCCCAAGCAAAAAAUGUGACUCUGGAAGAAAGUCUGUUGAGUCCUCACACAAGUCGACUUCAGCCGGAGCUCAGAAAGUAAAGAAAUCUGCUGCCCAUUCACCCAUUCCUCCAGUUUCCAAACCUAUUCCGACCUUCCAAAUUCCAGUCCUUAGUGUUCCCAAACUUGUGCGGGUGCCUACAUUUGAAAUAGAUGAUCCUGACAUCGCUAUAUCUCCAGUUCCUGUUACUCCUCCUGUUACAUCAUCCGCUACACCUCCUGUUACAUCCUCUGCUACACCUUCUGUUACCUCUUCUGCUACACCUCCUGUUACUUCUACUGCUACACCUCUUGUUACAUCCUCUGCUACACCUACUGUUCACUCCACUGUUCCACCUCCUGUUCAAUCCCCUCUUCCACCUCCUGUUCAAUCCCCUCUUCCACCUCCUGUUCAAUCCCCUCUUCCACCUCCUGUUCAAUCCCCUCUUCCACCUCCUGUUCAAUCCCCUCUUCCACCUUCUGUUCAAUCCCCUCUUCCACCUUCUGUUCAAUCACUUGUUCCACCUCCCAUUCAGUCCCCUCUUCCAUCUCCUUUUCAAUCCCCUCUUUCACCUCCUUUUCAAUCCCCUUCUCCACCUCCUACUCAGUCUCCUCAUCUAUCUCCUGUUACACCUCUAGUUCCACAGAUUACCGUUAAUCCAGAACCCCAACCUGGAACUGUCAAGAGCAUCCGCAACAAACUUGCUAGACUUAGCAGUGGAAGUUUCCGAAUGGACGAUGAGGACUUUCCUCCGCAAAAAGACCCUGAUCUUCAGGGACUGUUCGGUGGUUUGGAUCCUUCUCUGCUCUCUCCUGGUUUGCUACUUGGUGGGGAAGCUGGGGACCAACUGCUUGACUUAGGGGAGAAGGGUAAAAACAGAGUCUUCCUCAUGGCCAGGCAGUAUAGCCAGAAGAUCAAGAAGGCUAAUCAACUUCUGAAGAUGAAGAGCAUGGACCAUGAGCCAAGUUGUGCACGACUCAAGACUAGCAAACCCAAGGACUUGGCUGCCAUUCUGGAGGAGAAGAAACAAGGCGGGGCAGCUAUAGGAGCACGGAUAGCUGGGUAUUCUCACCUUUACGAGCAGGUAAUGUUUAGGGAGCCUCCUUCUACAACUCCAGUACUGAAGUCCUCAAUCAGCAUUGCGGGCCCUUACCCGCUUUCGAGUCACUCAAGCCCAGGCCUGGCCUCUUCACCCUCUUUACCUGAUAGUGCUGCUCUGAAUGCAGACUGGUUGAACUGCACCUACAGCAAUGGAGAACUUGCUGACUUUGUGUCCUGGCCCGCGGAGGUCAGAGCACGAUGUCCUGCAUCCCCUCAAAGAAGGCUGACCCCUGCAACAUCCGUCCCUGCCCUGAAAAACCUCCCGCCCACUCCUAGCACUCCACCCAAUCAGCGCUGGAGUGCCUGUGUGACUCCACCCAGCGCAGAUGAUUCUGAGCACAUUUACAGUACGCUGGGGCAGCGCACCUCAAAAACCCAGCCCUACGACCGCUGCCAGUCCUCGUCGUCUCUGGCCGAGCAGCAGGAGAAGGAAAACAGUGCUGGCACAGGUAAUCAGGGAUGGGAUAAUCACGCAGGACGUUCAGGGACCAAUGCUGUUGCAGGACGUAGUCUGGGACCUCGGCAACACAGCCUCCCUGAGUGUCCCUCCCAGGGGAUCUCUGACCUCUCCCAGUCAUGUGACCUCACACUGAGGGAUUCUCAGCAAGUGCUGGUGUUGAACAAGACGUCACCGCUGAAUGCAGUCAGUGCCACUCAGAACUACUUGGCCAACUUCAAAGAUAACGGGGAGGAUGACGAUGAUUAUGUUGAGAUCAGAUCCGAGGACGAGAGCGACGAGCGAAACAGAGUGUCUGGUGUUUCUUCUUCCUCCCAGUUGCAGAGCAACACAAAGGGACAGCAAGGGUCUGCAGGCCUUGACUCAGCCCUGCAUGGCUACAUGUGGAACAGCCCAGACGAUGACGAUGAUGAAGACCUAGGCCAGUCUAAAAUCGUCCAGUCCCUGCGAGACAAGUUCCAGUGUCUUAGUUCCAGCAGCUUUGCAUGAAGUGUGAAGACCUGAGUAUAUUGACCCAGUGUUCUCUAACAAACACCAACAAACCCAUAGGUUGGGAUGAUGUGCUGCACUUGUUUGUGGUUGUUGGGAGACUGUUUUGUCUUGAUGCAAAAGAGUUCUGUAUACAGUUCUUCAGGCUCCCAGAUGGUCCAUAUAUUUUUGCCCAAAGCCAACUUAAAAUGGAAUUAAAGCAAAAAAUCUGGACUACAAUUGGUUUCUGAUAAUGGGAAAGAACCAUUGCCAUAUGAGAACUUUUUCAAUCAUUUCAUGGUUCGUUCUUUUUGCCGUUGCUCAGAGAACCUGUUGUGGCACCCUUGGUUGGUGUUUGUUGGUGAAUGUUGGGUAAGGGUUCCCUGGCCUUGAAGAGCCAGGAUGAUGGGAUUGUACUGUGUACUCAAUGCCUACUCAAGAGCAGGGAACGGAACACACAGCACAAACAAGCUACCACCUUUAGAAUGUUACACAGCUUGUUGUGCAAUAAUAAUAGCACAAUGCACAGUCUACAAGGUCUUCCACACGCCGACAACAAACAUUCUUAUGUUGUACAUAAUGCAGAUCAUGUUCUUCCGGCUGCAGCAUCCUGAAAUUAGAAAUUUCGCAACACAGUUUAGUUGGAUCUAAAUAAUACACUUAUCAUUUCAUAUGAAGACGCGUAAUGCACUACUCACACCUUCCAUCACAAAUUACGGCUAUAGAUUCUGAUGUAUUUAUCUAGAGGUCUAGCUCAAAAUUAAAUCUCUUACUUACUUUAAAUGUGCUUUCCUUCAACUCAUUUGGACUCUGUCUAUCUGAACUCUAGAGUUUGGGAAGCCAAAGAUUGCCGCCAGAUUGGAAUUUCAUGGAUUAAAAGGGAUCUCCAUAAGAUUGUUACUGUUUAUAAUGUUCUGUAAUCACCCCAAUAACCAUUUUGAUAUCCUGCUGCUGUUCACAAGCCAUAAUCUUGCAGCCAUUUCUGAUGGCACUGUAUUGCCAUACAGCUCUUCAGGGUAGCAUUUGAAGGAUUUUAAUGUGUUUAUGCCACUUAAUGUUCAUGUGCCUAUACAGACCAUCAGUACAGCUGGCAGUAACUUAGCGAUUACAUAAAGAAAAUGGCAUUGAUUCAUCCUGUAGAUGGCCGCUUCUAAUGUACUGUAGCCAUAUUAAUGUAAAUAAAGCUACAAAGCUUAGGAUAACAACAGACAAUGACAGCUCAGUCCUCGACUGGUUACAUCUGCAAUACUAAAAUGGGAAAUUCCAGUGACUUUUUAAUCUUCCAGUUAAGAUUGAAUUGUCUCAUUUAAGGACAUUUAGUCUGGGUUUGGUGCGAAACUCUUUAUUUUAGAGACAAAAAGCUCUCUUAAAGGAGAAGUCUGGUGUGAAAUGGACUUGUGGUUUAAUGAAACAUGAUAAAGAGUGUAAACUUUUGUCAGAAAGACCACCUUCCUUUGCCCAAAGCAUUCUGAAAUACAGUGCUCCCAACAGACGUGCUAGACAAUGCUAGUGAUGAGGGCAUAGUGUUGCACAUACAAAGAAAUCACUAUUUUUACACCCUUAACAAGCUCAAAGUAGCUCCACACUUCAUUGAUAGAAUUCUGAGGGCCCUGACAUUUAACACUAAGCUGUUUAUACACACAGUACCUUGAAGCACUGCCUUCUUGAAGUUACAUCUGAUGAGUACAGAUGAAAAGAGGAAAAGAUUACAAAAUCAAUUUAGUGGAAAUGCAUGAAUAUUAUAGAGAUAUUUUCAGUAACAACUGAAAUUCAUGCAUUUCCACUUUCCCUGCAUGGGCAACAAUAUGCCUCUAUCACUCGCAUUGUAAGCCUGUUGGGAGCAUCGGCUAAAAGCACUGUAUUUCGGAAUGCUGGGGUGAACGGGGAUGGGCUAUUGGACAAAGAUUUUGUAUUUGUUAUCAUGUUUCACUACACCACAAAUCCAUUUCACACCAGAGUUCUCCUUUAACAAAAAUAUUACACUAGAUGUUUAAAAAACACAGUCUGACACCCAAGACACAAUUUUACCAGAGUUUACCAGAGAGGAUUUUGGAUUUAAAAUGUGUUUUUACUAUUGCUCACCAUUUUAUUGGUGGAGGGAUACAUGCAGGCUGCAGUGUGCCUAAAAAUAUAGUCCCCCAGAAAACUAGUUUGUUUGUAUUUGCUGCUUUUUUCAGUUUAAUUUAACACAGUUGUAAAGAAGCCAAGAAAUCUCUUCAGGAAGAUUUACAAUAAAGUGUUUCACACCAAACCGCCCCUCUAAAUGACUGGCAUUUUGAAAAGUCGGUGGAAUUUUGCCAUUUCAAAUUGUUCACAAAAGCCAGAACUCAUCUGUAUACACGUUACUAUCCUGUACGUAAGAAUUUCUAUAAAUUUAUCAGACUGUAUACAAGUUAUAGAUAUAUAUAUAUAUAUUUUAGAUAGUUGACAAGGAAGCUUAGCCACGCUUAGCCAUGUUUGUUUGGAUUCUCUCUCUUCAUCUAUGAGCAGCCAGGCCUCAGUAGAGAACACUGUAAGAAUUUGCAGCAGUGCUGUAUUUAUUUAGUGUCCAGAGCGCUGAGUAGAACCUUCAAACUGUCAUCGAGGACCAUUACUAUAAAUAAACUAUGAAUAAUUUUAAGCUUAUUUUUGUAUCAUCUGCAAAAGGACCACGUAAGUUUGUUUAAAAAAGUACUGUAAUCAGACAUUUCCUGUCAGAAUGUCUCUCGACUUAUUUUUUUUUCACUGUUUACUUCAUCAAGUAACUCCACCCAUCACUACUGACAAACACGACACCACAGUUUAAUGUCAAGAAAAUUUUAGAAACACUCUGGGUGGUUCACACAUCCUCCGAAAGUCACCGUCACUCCUCAGAAUAUUUAGCCUUUUAUUUAUUUAUUUACUUUUUAAAAAUUGGAUGUAGCAUUUUAUGGCCCUCCGAGUCUGACGUGACGAUGUUUAUAAAACGCUUGGUGAAAUUGGUUUACUGUGACUCCCUGUUUCCCGUUAGCACUGUUGGAGAAUGUUAUUAAACUGAAUAACUGAAAAGAUGAACCAGACAGAAACGUGUGGCCUGUUGUUAUAUUAAUGUAAAUAUGCCAAAAUAAUGAAAACUAUGAAGUAUGAUGUUUAUAUUAAGUUUCUGAUAUUUUUUUCUCUUCUGUACAUGUUGUUGUUUUUUGCUUCACUGGUGGAGACUGUUAUUGUUCAUUACAUUGCUUUCUUUUGCACUUUUUAGUUUCUUAUUGUUUAUUUUUUUAUUAUUUGUAAACAUGCUGUAAAGAUGUACAUGUUAGGAUGUCCUAAAUGUGUUGCCAUAGAUUUGCUCUGUAAUUUUAAAUUAAAUGUACUGUACUUUUAUAACAGCUUAGUUAUAACUGCUCAAGGAAAUGUAUUUGAGGCAAUAAAUAAAUGUUCAUUUAAAACGUU